ACUGCUCUGCUGCUGCCGCUGCUGCUGCUUCUCUCACUGUGUAUAUGUAUAUGCAUGCGUCUGUGUGGGUGUGUGUGAAGAUAUAUAUAUAUAUAUAUAUAUAUGUAUAUAUAUAUGUGUGUGCGUGUGUGCGUGUGUGCGUGCGUGUAAGCCUGAUGAAAUGCCAGGAUUGGGCUACCUCCAGGGAGAGCCUCUCCAUCCUAUAAUGUGAGGCGGCCAGCAACACUGUGGGGAUCAGGGAGAAGCUGCAUCCAUCAAGCUACGGGCCUCCGGAGGACCAGGCGUGAUCCAACGGGAGGGCAGAUUUAACAAAAAAAUAAAUAAAUAAUACUUCUCUGCUGAGGAGAGAAGCCAUUGUCGUCAUCCAUCCAUUUUUUUUUCUCACUCCGUGAGCCCCCUCCUUCCUCUUCCACCUCCACUCUUCUUUAUUUCCCCAUUCUUCAUUCAUUCCUCAUUCUUCUAGAGGCUCUCGUUGGAAUAUCAAACCUCCAUGUAUGACAAUUUGUACCUGCAUGGAUUUGAAGACUCGGAAGCGGGCUCAGCUGAUUCAUAUACUAGUAGACCAUCAGACUCAGAUGUCUCUCUGGAGGAGGAGCGGGAGGUCCAGGCUCAGGUCCAGAGCCAGAGCCAGAGCCCCAGCCAGAGCCAAGGACCGGGACAGACCCGCCAGGAGAGGGAGCAGCAGGCCGCCACUCAACUGGAAAGAGCUAAGGCCAAACCAGUGGCAUUUGCUGUAAGGACCAACGUCAGCUACUGUGGUGCACUGGAUGAGGAUGUUCCAGUUCCAGCCACUGCCAUCUCCUUCGAUGCCAAGGAUUUCCUCCAUAUAAAAGAGAAGUUCAACAAUGACUGGUGGAUAGGUCGGCUAGUGAAGGAGGGCUGCGAGAUCGGCUUCAUCCCCAGUCCUCUGAAGCUUGAGAACAUCCGACUCCAGCAGGAGCAAAAGAGAGGACGAGUUCAAGGUAAGUCUGGAGGGAACUCUUCUUCCAGUGUAGAGGAUGAGGUCUCUGCCUCUAUCCGACCACUCAUUUCAUCAGCAGGAAAGCAGAAACAGAAAGUGAUGGAGCACAUCCCCCCAUAUGACGUGGUUCCCUCUAUGAGGCCUGUGGUGCUGGUGGGACCCUCACUCAAGGGUUAUGAGGUAACAGACAUGAUGCAAAAAGCACUGUUUGACUUCCUCAAGCACAGAUUUGAUGGCAGGAUAUCAAUAACACGUGUCACAGCAGAUAUAUCACUAGCCAAGAGGUCAGUUCUCAACAACCCCAGUAAAAGAGCCAUCAUUGAGAGGUCCAACACUCGCUCCAGCUUGGCGGAGGUGCAGAGUGAGAUUGAGAGGAUAUUCGAGUUGGCCCGCUCCCUGCAGCUGGUGGUGCUGGACGCUGACACCAUCAACCACCCGGCUCAGCUCCUCAAGACCUCACUGGCCCCUAUCAUUGUUCAUGUGAAGGUCUCCUCACCAAAGGUCCUGCAGAGACUUGUCAAGUCCAGAGGAAAAUCCCAGAGCAAACACCUGAACGUCCAGCUGGUGGCAGCAGACAAAUUAGCCCAGUGUCCUCCGGAAAUGUUCGACAUCAUCCUGGACGAGAACCAGCUGGAGGAUGCCUGCGAGCAUCUGGCUGAAUACCUGGAGGCCUAUUGGAAAGCAACCCAUACCUCAAUGGCGACACCACUAAACCCCCUGCUGGGACGCAACCUGGGCCCCACCACCCUCACCCCCUACCCCACCAGCAUCUCUGGACUGCAGAGCCAAAGAAUGCGACAGAGCAACCACACGGGGGAUCACUCCACCCCGAACGAACGACGCAACCUGAUGACGUCGGAUGAAAACUACCACAACGAGCGGGCACACAAGGGACGCAACCGCAUGUCGUCCGGAUCGCAGCACAGCCGAGAGCAGCAAGACCCUUACCAGGACUACCAGGACCCCUAUCAGGAUGCAUACAAACCACAUCGCAAUCGCACUUCCCCGGGCAGCUACAGCCAUGACUCCCGGCACCGGCUCUGAGCCCACCUCCCCCUCUCCCACUGAGGCCCAGACGGCCCACAUUCCACCCCAAACAAACACUGCGACGGAGACAAGAUGGUCCCUAAUUGUACCUUUGUGUUGAUUUGAUUUGUUUACCCGGCUUGAAUUAUCUUUCCAAGUCAAACAAAGUCAUAUUCUGAUGUCAGGUAAUUGUUUUUUUUUGUUUUGUUUUUUUUGGUUUUUUUUAAAAGAAGCUGCAGGUUGACCCCGUCAGUCAACAGCGUGGUCAGAGUGAUCAAGAGGUUCAGGAAGCCAAUGUUAACUUACGCUGUCAAACAAAUAACUUCAAUUGAUGUGAGUGGGACCUUUUGGAAUUUGAACUAACAUGAGGCUCAGCAGACGUGCAGCACAGACUGAGCUUGCUGACUGACCGUGUCAGCAGGCUAAUUCUGGACACUGGUCAGAUGGUGAGACGGUGCGUGGGCUUCUAAAUGCCUGGGACAUCACACUGGGGACCAGUCGGCAGGGGAGGUCCACUGCACACAAGACUGCUGAAAGCUGCUGACCCUCGUCCUGGGUCAUGUAUAAAUCCUCUCUCUCCAUUUAGCUUCUUGCAUGCUGAUAGAUGACCAACCUCCGCAUCCACUUCAUUUGAUAUUUUCUACCCAGCAUUGUGGAAUCUCACAUGAAAAGGAAGAGAUACAGAGGUCCGAUUUUCUGAAUCACCUGACCUGGUCUGUGGCAGAGAGUGCAGGCUGCUAGUUAAAAAAAAUCUAACAAAAAAAACUAAAUGGUGCUUCAAAUUCCCAAACUAUUUUGCUAUUUGAGCGUCACUUUGAGCACGGCCAGCUUUUCUGUAGCAUAGCUUUAGGAUUUCAUUUGGGUGAAGACCCUCACCGUCAUAAACGGAAGGUGAUUGUGAUGGUGCUGGGAUCAGAGCUUAGUUUACACUGUAAGGGAAGGCAAUAUGCUUCUGUUUGAAACAGUUAGCACUUAGAAAAGGAAAUAGUUGUGAUAGUAUAGUGAAAUAUAAUAGCAUUUGAGAUGCAUUUGAUGUUAUUGAGAUGUGGACUGGCAUUAAAACCAAGCUCGGGUUGUUCUGUCUGAUAUUUUUUUUGUCCCUGACAGUGUGAAGAUUAAGAUUAGGGAUUAUUAUUGUUUUUUUUUAUAUAUAUAUACAUUUAAGGUAAAACAUUAAUGUCGGUUACCAAGUGAAUAGGAAGUCAGUGUUCCUUCUGUUGGUUUUAGGGCACUUGAGCAUUAAAAAUGUGACAUGGCAGGAUCAGUUGCAUCAUGUUCAUUCUCUGUGUAGCUGGCAUGUUGUCCUGACUGCAGAGCAUGUUCCCUCCAAACGUACCAAAAAAAAAUAGAACCCUACUGUAAUCAACGUUAUAUUUGUAGAAGUAUAGGGCAACUUUCUCUGAGGAAAAAAAAGGAAAAAAAAAGAAAAAUGAGGCCCAAGAGCAAUGAUCUUUUUGGAACCCUGAGGUUUGUAACUCAGUCGUGGCGCACCAAAAACUUAGUGUUGGUUUUUGACAUUCAGUGGAUUGCAUGAGUUAUAUGAGGGGAAUCUGAAACAACUGUCAAACAGGGAUGUAGCUCCAGCUCCCACCAACACACUCAGCUCAGCAGAACUACUGCGGUUUGCUAAUAAGGCUUGUUAUCAUUAUCAUAACAUGUUAAAAAAAAAAAAGAAAAAAAAAAAGAGUCUUGUGAUUGUGAUUUAUCUUAUUUAGUGACAGGACAGAGGCCUUUGUCAGUGACAUUCCACUCACCGGGUGGACAAAUGAACAUGAAAGAAAUUACUGUUUGCUAUUGUCUCUACUCUAAGCUCUAAGUUUUACAGAAUCAAGUCAAUAUUGAUAUAUGGAGAAUCAUUGAAACUAAAUUAAACUGUCUACAAAAUAGACAAACUGAAAAAUCAUAUUUAAACCUACAUCAUCAAUCUUUAGACAUUUAUUCAUCAUUGUAAUUGAGCAAUUUAUUUUCUGUUGAAUCUAUUAUAACCUGUCACUGCCAGAAAAAUAUAUUUUUCAAAAAAAGUAAAAAAUUACUAAUAGCAAAUAUGUGAAGAACAGUUUAUUUGACAUAAUAGACACAUCCUAAAGCUUUUUAUUUUUUAUUUUAAUGAACCAUUACUCUUCUUCCCCUCUGUCAUAAAUGAAGUACAGUAUUGACAGCUGCAGCACCAUCAAAUAAUUCUCUCACCAGAUAAGUACAAGCGCAAUACAUCGUCCUUUUCCUUAAGUAUAAUGUCACAUCCAUUCAUUACAACGUUCAUAUUUUUAUUUAUUUUCAUGAUUGAAUUCCUUUUUUUUUAUUUCACGAUGUACAGCCAUUUUUAUAUUCCGGAAAAAGUUAUAUAAAAAGGUUGUCCUACAUUUAGGACUCUCACGUGACUCUCCCUUUGACAGCCUGACACAGUUUCUAGAAGGGACCAAAUUUUCAUGACCUAAUUAGAGUUAAGUUUUGUCCCUCUCUUCACUGACAAGCCUGAACUUAUAGUCAUAUCCUCAUUUUUUGAUGUGAACAUCAAAUUAGGCAACUGAAUGGAUCAAUUGGGUAACACUUUAUAUUAGGCUACACAUAUUCACCAGUAACUAGCUACUAAUUAGCAUGUAUGUUGAUGGGAAACUGACCCAUUUACAAAGAAGUCAUUACAAAGCACCUAUUAACACCUUAUAGUUCAUGACCAUAUUCUACCAUUAGAGCUCUUAAAUGAGCUCUUAAAUAUGAAUACUUAUUAUUGAACAAAAUACAAAUUACAUGUGUUAAUAUUGACCAAAUAACUGUACAUGUUCCCCAUUCUAAAGUGGGGUCUGUCGCAGUGAUUCCCAAACACUGAAUCAGAUGGAUUGUGGGCAAUAUUUGCUAACUUUACCACACUUUCAGUCAAAAUUUCCAAUUUCCACUUUACCAAUUCAAAUUCUGACAUUAGGUGUACAUAUGCAUAAAUUAGAUUUAUGAAGUUUGUGUUUUGUAGAUGGCAAACUAUUGUGACCCAAAUCACAAUAUCAAUACAAUGUACUGAGCCAUAUUAGGUGCCAUUAUCUGUACACAUAAUAUCAACAUUUGAAUUGGUAAAGUUUGCUUUAAAUCACCCGCCAAAUAUCACCCCAUCUGUCACCCUAUCUCAUUCUUCUGCAGUGUUUGGGAACCACUGCCAGAGACCCCACUUUAGAAUGGGGAAAAUAUUCUGAAUUAUAAAGUGUUAAUGUUAUGUUAUUUGGUCAAUAUUAACUAUUGUGAUCCAAAUUUCAAUAUAUAAAUCUAAUUUACGCAUCAUGUAUCGACUAAUUUACAGCCACUUCUACAACACCUAAUAUCAGAAUUUGAAAUAGAAAACAAAUCAUGUCCAAGAGUUGUUUAGUUAAUGAACUACAACUUCAUUUUUGCAUAUUAAAUAAUAUGUGCAGAAUGUUUUUGAAAAAGUUAUUUGGGGUCUGAAAAAAUAUUGCCAUGUGCCAUGGGUCUGUCCCCAUUAUAAAGUGUUGACAUGUGGAUAUUUCGUUAAUAUUAACACAUGUAAUUUGUGUUUUGUUCAAAUACAAUAGGUGGUACAUAUUUAUAAAAAAAGAAAAUCCUGGCUUCUCCCUCUCUCAGGGUCGCCACAGCAGAUGAUGGUUAUAUUAUUUUUAACCCUUCCAUUUAUCCGGGCUUGUGACUGAUAUAAGAAGUACAGUGGAUGUGUGUACCCCCCGUGGCUGGGGUCAAUUUUAGAGUGUCAAGUUAACAAUGGGGAUUGGGUGCCUUGCUCAGGGUACCCCAGCCCUUGACCUGCUGGCGACUUGAACUGGCAAACCUCUGGUUACAAGCCAAAUUCCACUUGGCCAUGGGCUGCUUGAGACAAUCAGAGGGGAUUUCCAGACCAAGUGUCCCAUUCCCCUCUCUCUGUGGAUGCUCUAAAAUGAUUUCAUGUUUGCCCUCAUGACCUGUGGAAGUAGAUCUGAAAUAAAACACACCACACUCUCAUUCAAAGACCACAAAAUAAAACAAAAGAACUCCACCCUUCUUCUAAAUGUUUCACCUUUAUCGCACCUUUGUCUCAAAACUUAAUCCAUUACAUUUUUUUCCCCACAAAUUAAUCCUCAAGCUGACCACAAAAUACAAAGAUAAAAUUAAAUGUCUUUGGUAAAAUGUGGGGGGAAAAAAAAGAAACAAAAUAAUCAUUGUUUAUUCCAGUAGAUAGGUAAUAGAUGAAUAUUUGCUGGCAAUUAUUUUUAUAUAAUGAAAAAAGAAAUGUACAUAUUUGUCUUUGAGAGAUGCUAUUUGCUGUAUACAUAUGUGCUGAGAUGAGUCGACGGCCCCAUACAGGACAUUUGGAACUACAGUGGCGUCCAGUAUACAGAGUUUUGGUGAUGUGCAAUCCAAAAACGGCAUGCUAUUUUAAAAAUGAGGAACUCCAUGUACUGUACUAUGCAACCGCAAACUGUGUACAUCGCUUCAUGCUGUGGCUUCUCCAACCAACCUUUUUCCACACAUCUCCAUCUGGACUUUUAAGGGAGUUUCUGUGUUAGUCUUUUAUUUUAUUUUCCUGUGGAAGAUGAAAACCUAAGCAGCUAAUGCGGUAUUGCAUGCAUAAUAUACCAUUCUAAUUUAUAAAAACAAAGAAGAAAAAAAUAAUGAAUUUGGAGGAGGAUGUGUUUAAGGCAAGGGAACAAGUGAGUUAAAACAUUUCUUUUUCAAAAUAAAAGCGUGGUUCUGAA